AUGGCGAAACUCAUCUUCAUCUUUCUCACUCUCAUUCCAAUUCUAUGCACUUCGUUCUCCCCUGAUAAACCCUCAGAUCGUCGCAUCCUUGUUUUAGUCGAUGACUUCGCCGUCAAAUCUUCACAUUCUCUUUACUUCAAAUCUCUCCAAUCUCGCGGUUUCGAUCUCGAUUUCAAGCUCGCUGAUGACCCCAAAAUCGCACUCCAGAGAUACGGACAGUACCUCUAUGAGGGAUUAGUUUUGUUUUCCCCAACAAUUGAACGUUUUGGUGGAUCUAUUGAUGCUGCUGCUAUUUUGGAUUUUGUUGAUUCCGGUCAUGAUUUGAUUGUUGCUGCUGAUAACAAUGCGUCUGAUUUAAUCAGGGAAAUUGCUACCGAGUGUGGAGUGGACUUCGACGAGAAUUAUACUGCUAUGGUUGUAGAUCAUGCUGGAUAUGCAGUUUCCUCUACCGAAGGGGAUCAUACAUUGAUUGCUAGUGAUGAUUUUAUCAAGUCUGAUGUGAUCUUGGGAAGCAAAAAAAUUGAGGCACCGGUGCUUUUUCAGGGAAUUGGGCAUUCAUUGAAUCCUUCUAAUAGCUUGGUGUUGAAAGUUCUAUCAGCAUCUCCUACAGCUUUUUCUGCCGACCCAAAAUCUAAGUUGACUAGUCCUCCAUCACUCCUUGGAUCUUCAAUCUCAUUAGUUUCAGUUAUACAGGCAAGAAACAAUGCUAGGAUAUUGAUCACUGGCUCAUUGAGCAUGUUCAGCAACCGAUUUUUCAAUUCAGGUGUGCAGAAGGCAGGCAAUCCAACCAAACACAACAAGUCAGGUAAUGAGCAGUUCUUAACUGAACUUAGCAAAUGGGUUUUGCAUGAAAGAGGUCACCUCAAGGCUGUGAAUGUGCAACACCACAAAGUCGGGGAAACUAAUGAACCAUCGAUCUACAGGAUCAACGAUGAUUUGGAAUACUCUGUUGAAAUUUAUGAGUGGUCUGGGACAACAUGGGAACCUUAUGUAGCUGAUGAUGUUCAAGUUCAAUUUUAUAUGAUGAGCCCCUAUGUCUUGAAGAAUUUAUCGAAUGACAAGAAGGGUCGUUAUUUCACAUCGUUUAAGGUUCCUGAUGUCUAUGGGGUUUUCCAGUUCAAAGUUGAGUAUAAUAGACUUGGGUAUACAAGCUUAUCUUUAGCAAAACAGAUUCCUGUUCGUCCUUUCAGACACAACGAAUACGAGAGAUUUAUCCCAGCUGCCUAUCCUUAUUAUGGAGCAGCAUUUUCGAUGAUGGCAGGUUUCUUCGUCUUCAGUGCCGUUCAUCUUUACAACAAGUAG